CAGUAGAAAAGCAAACACGAACCAGAAAACAUCGCUAAAAUCGUAUCAGUCCGCCGUACAGCACCAUAAAUCGGUACAACAGAAUGUCGGAAGUGAAAACUUACUCGCUAGCGGAGGUGAAAUCGCACAACACCAACAAAUCGACGUGGAUCGUCAUUCAUAACGACAUCUACGAUGUGACGGAGUUCCUGAACGAGCACCCCGGCGGUGAGGAGGUCCUGCUCGAGCAAGCGGGCAAGGAAGCCACGGAAGCGUUCGAAGAUGUUGGCCACAGCAGUGACGCACGGGAGAUGAUGAAGAAGUUCAAGGUUGGCGAACUGAUCGAGUCGGAGCGAAAACAAGUCCCAGUCAAGAAGGAACCGGACUGGAAAACCGAACAGCAGGAUGACAACCAACUGAAACAGUGGAUAGUGCCGCUGAUUUUAGGCCUUGUUGCCACCAUCGUGUACCGUUUCUACUUCACCCAGUAAAGAUAUGCAUCCUAUCAUCGGACCAGUACAAUUUUAAGGUUAAAUAAUAUCAGUGGCCAAAUGGUUCGACUGAUGUGCGAAAGUGACGAUGAAAAAGAAUUAAUGCUCGUGGGUGCUCAUGCCAGCUACUAGUGAUAGUCCAUUCCACGCAACAUGCUACUAAGCUGCAUUCGAAACGAAAGGAAGUGUCAGUGCAAGCAACACGUUCUAGUGAGGAGACACAUAGUUUGACCAAACAACAAGACGAUGAAAAUGAGUCAGCUAGGAAAGGAAACUUCGAAACAAUCUUUAACACGCCUUCGAUAAUGUUGUGCGGGAGUGCACGGCGCAGGAUAGAACAAUUUUCAGUAACAGAAUAUGUGUGAUGGGAUUGGUCCUAUGUCGCAUUGUCCCAAACCCAACUACGGCCAAGAAUAUUUCUUAGGAAAAAUUAAUGAUUUGUUUAAAGUUACAUACAUAUUUUUGAAGCAAAUGAAUACUUUAGAUACCAGAGAGAAACGUAAAACAUACAACAGUCUAUAAAUAUGCAUCCAUGAUCAAAUUAUGAAUGUAUGGGGGUGAAUAAUCGUAAUCCAACCGAAUGAUGCGAUGGCAAACUUUUUUUUCUUUUUUUUUAUUCUACUAAAGGAGGGAUACCAAAGUUUCAUCGGCGUUGCCUUAAACACAGGGAAUGAGGGGGUAAAGAGCCAUCGGCGACUACAUACAUUAGAGCAUUGGAGCAGGUAGAAAACAAGACAUACAUUUUACUUUUGGAGCUCAAAACACCACCGCCGGAAGCAUCCAUAGACGCUCUUCUUGUAGCAGGGAUAGUUUAUAACAGACCAGAUAUGAGGCGCUACGGAAUAGGAUGCUUGAAACUUCAUCAUACAUCUUUGUCCUAGCAAGGCAGGGGAAGGAAGGACACACAUUGAAAUACUUUAUACAUUUACUUUAAACUGUUUAAACGUAAUGGAUUUGAAUGUGCAACCUUUUCCACGAUCACGCGUUUCGUGCACAUGCAUUUGUUUCUAUUUUCUAUUUAAAUGUAUCUUCUAUGGGAAAGGUUUAAUGCUAUGUUUUAAUUUUUACAUUGAAUUCUGUGCAACCUUUUUUUACAGGUCAACCUCGAGUCGCGGGAGGCCUAACGUUAUUGAAUAAAACGUGAUUUGUAUGUAAAUAGGA